AUGAAUAACGACGACGACGCCCUCAGCUCGGUCUACAAGAAGAUCGAGCGCGAGAGGGCCCUGCUCAAUGCCGCAAACCAGAUGAGGCAACAGACACAGAAUGAGCAGGUCCGCUCGAGGAUAGACACCCAGAUACGCGAGGGGCGCCGGAACAUCCAAUAUCUAGAGGAGAGAAUGCAGGAGCUGCAGAUGCGGAGGAUGGGUCAAGGGGUGGACAAUAUGAAUAUAGGACCGAGCAGGACUCAAAGCUCGGGUCUCAGAAACGACAGAGAUGGUCCACCUACCCCACCUCCAAAGGACUCGCGAGGAGGUUAUAUAGAUGCGGGUCCAGACAGAGGAGGAUAUGGGACGCCAGAAUAUAGCCAGGUCGGAGGUCAUGGUGAUAUGAUGCCUCCCAGACACCCAUACGCCCCUCCUGGACCUGACCAGAGCAUGCCGAGAACACGCCCAAACUUUACAAAACUAGAUCUCAUCAAAUAUGAUACCCCAUAUCUCGGCCCCCGCAUCCAGCUUAUGUUAUCGCAACUGGAAUUCAAGCUGAACGUUGAAAAGCAAUAUCUUAAAGGUAUCGAGAAGAUGGUCCAGCUAUAUCAGAUGGAGGGCGAUAGAAAAAGCAGGGCAGAUGCUGCGGGUCGCAGAAUUGAGAGCAAUCAGAAGAUUCAGCUCCUCAAGCAAGCGCUCAAGAGAUACGAGGACCUUCACAUUGACAUGGAAAGCACCGCGGAUGCACCAGAUGAUGACAGUAUAAAUAUGCCAAAUAUGCGGAAGCCUUUGACUGGACUCCUCUCCAUUCGGAUUCAUGCGGUCAAGGACGUCGAUCAUGCUACCACCGGUCGAUUUGCUAGAGGUCCUGAGACAUUUGUUGCUGUAAAGGUCGAAGACAAUGUUGUAGCACGUACUAGAACUUCCAGGACUGAUAGAUGGGACAACGAGUAUCACAAUCUAAACGUGGACAAGGCGAACGAGAUCGAGUUGACGGUCUACGACAAACCCAGCGAUCACCCACUUCCAAUUGGUCUCUUGUGGGUUAGAAUAUCCGAUAUCGUGGAAGAGAUGCGUCGCAAGAAGAUCGAGGCUGAGAUCAACAGCUCUGGUUGGGUCUCUGCAGACAGAAUGGGCAGUGGCUCCGCACCUGGUGCACCACCACCCGCACAGUUUCCUUCGCAGACAUCAUUCGGUGGCCCACCCCAGAGUGCGGGUGCAGGUGCAGCAGGAAAUCCUGUAUUAGGAGUGGGGGGAAGUGUGGUUGCACCACAACCUAUAGAUGCCUGGUUUGCACUCGAGCCCACAGGUGCUGUGCAUCUUACCAUAAGUUUUACCAAGCAAGCAAAAGACCGCCGGCCCUUCGAUGCCGGACUCAACAGAAAGGGUGCUAUUCGACAACGGAAAGAAGAAGUGCAUGAAAUGUACGGUCACAAGUUCGUGUCACAGCAGUUCUAUAACAUCAUGCGCUGUGCUCUCUGCGGCGAAUUUCUCAAAUACUCCGCUGGCAUGCAGUGCGAGGACUGCAAAUAUACUUGUCACACCAAGUGCUAUCCCAGUGUGGUCACUAAGUGUAUAAGCAAAUCCAACGCAGAGACAGAUCCGGACGAGGAGAAGAUCAACCAUCGGAUUCCCCAUCGUUUCGAGAAGUUCUCGAAUAUGAGCGCAAAUUGGUGCUGUCACUGUGGUUAUAUCUUACCAUUCGGAAAGAAGAAUUGUCGCAAAUGUUCCGAAUGUGGUCUUACGUGUCAUGCAGGAUGCGUGCACCUUGUUCCGGAUUUCUGUGGUAUGUCAAUGGCUGUGGCCAAUACAAUUCUCGAUGGUAUCAGGAAUCAGAAACGACGGCAGACAUCCCAACCAUCCAUGAGUGGUCGUACUCUAAGGCCGCAAUCUCAAAAGCCAACUUCUCCUCAAGAACAGCAAGGACAAUUCAACGAUCCUCGUGCUUCAUAUGGCUCUCAAGAACAAGUCCGACCUCCCAGGGCUCAAUCUUAUGGGCCUACUUCUGCUUCGUCUCCCGAGGCAGCAGAAGCUGCAAAGGCGAUGUAUGCCCAACAACAAGGGCAAACAUCACCAGGAAGACCCGCCGGACCAGACAGAACUUCUUCGGCCUCUGCCGCUGCCGCUGCAGCCGCUGCAAUGUCAGGAACCGGGCAACGAUCAUCGUCUCAAAGGGAUCCUUACAAUAGAUCGUCAACUGACUACCGUCCUACUGCCACUGGUUAUCCACCUCGCCUCGAGUCUCAUCCCGAAGAUGGGUAUGGCGCACCUCCUAAGCCGCAAGCUUCCGCUCAAUCAAGCUACAACCCAGCGGCGUAUGCUCAAGUUAGUGGUUAUCCUACGCAACCUCUCAACCAACCACAAGUACAGCCGAUUCAACAAUCGCCAACUGCUGCACUGUAUGGGCCAAAUUCUCAAGUACAGCAAGAACCAGCUCCUGUUGCCCAGCCCGCUGCUGUGAUUCAGCGGAAAGCCCCUCCUCCAGUGGACGAGGCUAGCAAAACAACCCCCCGCAUUGGUCUUGACCAUUUCAAUUUCCUCGCUGUCCUUGGUAAAGGUAACUUUGGUAAAGUCAUGCUUGCGGAAGCGAAGCAGUCGAAGCAACUAUAUGCCAUCAAGGUCCUUAAGAAGGAGUUCAUCAUCGAGAACGAUGAAGUUGAGAGUACUCGAUCGGAGAAGAGAGUGUUCUUGAUUGCCAAUAAGGAACGCCAUCCAUUCUUACUAAGCCUUCAUGCAUGUUUCCAAACGGAAACGAGAGUUUACUUCGUUAUGGAGUACAUCAGUGGUGGAGAUCUUAUGCUGCAUAUUCAACGUGGUCAAUUUGGCACAAAACGUGCACAAUUUUAUGCCGCAGAGGUCUGCCUAGCAUUGAAAUACUUCCAUGAAAAUGGUGUAAUAUACCGUGAUUUGAAGUUGGACAACAUCAUGUUGACACUAGACGGACAUAUUAAAGUUGCCGAUUACGGUCUUUGUAAGGAAGAUAUGUGGUACGGGUCAACGACAAGUACUUUCUGUGGUACACCUGAAUUUAUGGCUCCUGAGAUCUUGCUGGACAAGAAAUACGGCCGCGCUGUCGAUUGGUGGGCAUUCGGUGUUCUCAUCUACCAAAUGCUGCUUCAACAGUCUCCCUUCCGAGGUGAAGAUGAGGACGAAAUAUAUGACGCCAUCCUUGCGGAUGAGCCCCUAUACCCCAUCCACAUGCCUCGUGACUCAGUAUCGAUCCUGCAAAAGCUCCUCACUCGAGAACCAGAGCAGCGUCUUGGAAGCGGACCGACUGAUGCUCAAGAGAUUAUGAGUCAACCAUUUUUCAGAAAUAUCAAUUGGGACGAUGUGUAUCACAAGAGAAUCCAGCCUCCAUUCCAACCUCAGAUUACUAGCGCUACGGAUACAAGCAAUUUUGACACUGAGUUUACGAGCGUCACUCCGGUGCUGACACCUGUACAGUCUGUGUUAUCCCAAGCCAUGCAAGAAGAAUUCCGCGGCUUCUCCUACUCGGUCGAUUUCGUCUGA